CUCCCCUCCCACCCCCGCCCCUCUGUACCGCUGCUCACGCAGUGAGCCCUCUUCUUGAGCGUGGCGGAAGAACUUCGCGGCUGGAGUCAACCCCUUAGUAGUGGAGGGGAAAAGAGCGGAAAAAACAACUCAAGACUUCUGUUGAGGGCAAAGCUCUGCGCCCGCGCUGCGCCGCGGUGACGAAAUUCCUUCGCGCCCGAAGUCGAGCGUUUUCAGCGCGGGGUGGCGGGCGCCUGCGCAGUGGCUCCCAGCGGGCGGUUGCUUGUUGGUUGUUGUAGUAACGGGGGAAGCAGCCGUCGGCGGCGGCCGUGAGCCCGCCUGGGGAAGGAGGAGAGGGUGGUAGGCGCAGAGCGCGGUCCCCGCCCGCCGGCUCCGAGCCAUGGGAAGAUGAGACAGGAAUCACUGCCACCUAAAUUGUUUGAUCCAGUGAAUCUGCAAGUAAAGGUCUCUGAGGCCCCCCCGUCUGCUGACUGCAUGACAAACCCUAAAGGAAAUGCCAGUCGUGAUGGCCCGGGACCUGGAGGAGACAGCAUCAUCCUCAGAGGAUGAGGAGGUGGUAAGCCAAGAGGAUCAUCCGUGUAUCAUGUGGACCGGAGGCUGCAGGAGAAUUCCAGUUUUGGUAUUCCAUGCUGAGGCUAUUCUGACAAAGGACAACAAUAUUCGAGUAAUUGGCGAACGUUAUCAUUUGUCUUACAAGAUUGUGCGAACAGAUAGUCGCCUGGUACGCAGCAUUCUGACAGCCCAUGGAUUUCAUGAAGUUCACCCAAGCAGCACUGACUAUAACCUAAUGUGGACAGGAUCCCACCUGAAGCCCUUCUUACUUCGCACCCUUUCUGAAGCACAAAAGGUUAAUCACUUUCCCAGGUCGUAUGAACUAACCCGGAAGGACCGACUGUACAAAAACAUCAUUCGAAUGCAGCAUACGCAUGGAUUCAAGGCUUUUCACAUCCUCCCUCAGACCUUUCUUCUGCCAGCUGAGUAUGCAGAAUUCUGUAAUUCAUACUCAAAGGACCGGGGACCUUGGAUAGUAAAACCAGUGGCCUCUUCUAGGGGGCGGGGUGUCUACCUGAUCAACAAUCCGAACCAGAUUUCCCUGGAAGAGAACAUCCUGGUCUCCCGUUACAUUAACAACCCCCUGCUCAUAGAUGAUUUCAAGUUUGAUGUGCGCCUCUAUGUGCUUGUGACUUCCUACGAUCCCCUUGUCAUCUAUCUCUAUGAAGAAGGGCUGGCUAGAUUUGCAACCGUGCGAUAUGAUCAAGGAGCCAAGAACAUUCGGAACCAGUUCAUGCACCUGACAAACUACAGUGUGAAUAAGAAGAGUGGAGACUAUGUGAGUUGUGAUGAUCCAGAAGUGGAGGAUUAUGGGAACAAAUGGAGCAUGAGUGCCAUGCUUAGGUAUCUGAAACAAGAAGGCAGAGAUACAACUGCAUUGAUGGCCCAUGUGGAAGACCUGAUUAUUAAGACUAUAAUCUCCGCUGAACUAGCUAUUGCUACAGCCUGUAAAACCUUUGUUCCUCACCGCAGCAGUUGUUUUGAACUCUAUGGCUUUGAUGUGCUCAUAGAUUCUACUCUGAAGCCAUGGUUGUUGGAAGUAAAUCUCUCUCCUUCUUUGGCCUGUGACGCACCUCUGGACCUAAAGAUUAAAGCCAGUAUGAUUUCAGACAUGUUCACUGUUGUAGGAUUUGUGUGCCAGGACCCUGCCCAGCGGGCAUCAACCCGGCCAAUUUAUCCCACCUUUGAGUCUUCCAGGCGGAACCCUUUCCAGAAACCUCAGCGUCCAGUGUCUGCACAGUUUCAGUCCUCAAACGCCAAACAGCGUUCCCGUCCCCUCUCUGCCAGUGAUGCGGAAAUGAAAAACCUUGUGGGCUCAGCCCGAGAGAAGGUGCCGGGGAAGUUAGGUGGUUCUGUGCUUGGUCUGUCAAUGGAGGAGAUCAAAGUUUUACGGAGAGUGAAGGAAGAAAAUGAUCGGAGAGGUGGAUUUAUUCGCAUAUUCCCUACAUCAGAGACAUGGGAAAUAUAUGGGUCCUACCUCGAACACAAGACUUCCAUGAACUAUAUGCUGGCAACACGUCUCUUCCCGGACAGGGGAAACCCAAGAAGAAGCUUAUUGACAGGAAGAACACGACUGGCUGCUGACGGAGCACCGGAAUUGAAGGUGGAGAGUAUGAACUCCAAGGCCAAACUGCACGCUGCCCUCUAUGAGAGGAAGCUCCUGUCUUUGGAGGUGCGGAAACGCCGACGACGGAAUGGCAGAUUGAGGGCAAUGAGGCCAAAAUACCCAGUGAUCACUCAACCAGCUGAAAUGAAUGUUAAAACCGAGACAGAGAGUGAAGAGGAGGAAGAAGUUGCAUUAGACGACGAAGAUGAAGAACAGGAGGCUUCCCAGGAGGAGUCUGCAGGGUCCCUCGGAGAAAGUCAAGCCAAAUACACCCCCUCACUGACUGUUAUGGUAGAAAAUUCACCCAAAGAAAAUGCCGCGAAAGUUUCUGAAUGGAACAAUAAAGGUGAACAGUGCUGCAAAAUUGAGACUCAGGAGCCAGAGCCUAAAUUUAACCUGAUGCAGAUUCUGCAAGAUAACGGCAAUCUUAGCAAGGUGCAGGCCCGAAGAGCGUUCUCUGCCUAUCUCCAGCAUGUUCAGAUUCGCCUGAUGAAGGACAGUGGAGGUCAAACGUUCAGUGCCAGUUGGGCUGCCAAAGAGGAUGAACAGAUGGAGCUAGUGGUUCGCUUCCUUAAACGAGCAUCAAGUAACCUCCAGCACUCAAUGAGGAUGGUAUUACCCAGUCGACGAUUGGCACUUCUGGAACGCAGAAGAAUCUUGGCCCACCAACUGGGUGACUUUAUUCUUGUGUACAACAAGGAAACAGAACAGAUGGCUGAAAAGAAAUCAAAGAAGAAACUUGAGGAAGAGGAGGAAGAUGGGGUGAACACAGAAAACUUUCAGGAGUUCAUCAGACAAGCAAGUGAGGCUGAGCUGGAGGAGGUGUUGACUUUUUAUACCCAAAAAAACAAGUCUGCAAGUGUCUUCCUGGGGACUCACUCAAAAAGUUCUAAAAACAGCAACAGUUAUUCUGAUAGCAGGGCAAAGGGUGAUCACCAUGAGACAAUGGAAGAAGUGAAAAUAAAGCAACCCAAACAGCAGGCAACAGAAAUUCACUCUGAUAAAUUAUCUCGAUUUACCACUUCAGCAGAACAAGAGGCUAAAUUAGUCUAUACCAAUUCUUCCUCUGCUUCUUUCUCUGGUCCUGCUGCUACUCUUCUGCAGAAAAUUCCCAAUACCCACUUGUCAUGUAUUGUUACAACUUCUGACCUCUCACCGGGGCCCGGCCAUCAUUCUUUAUGUCAGAUUCCUCCAGCUAUCCCCAGCAUGUCUCACCAGCCAACAAUUGUACUGAGCACAGUCCCUGACAAUGCUUCUCCCUUCGUGCAUCCUGGGACACAGAACGUACCAAGCCCGGCUGGCCUGCCCCGCUGUCGAUCAGGCAGUUACACCAUUGGCCCCUUUUCCUCUUUCCGAAGUGCUGCACACAUCUAUAGCCAGAAACUGUCUCGUCCCUCUUCAGCAAAGGCAGCAGGGUCAUGCCAUCCAAACAAGCUGCAUUUGGGAGUGGCUAAAACACAAAAAGAGGGAGAAGAUGAUUCUCCAUCCAGCAAACGGUACAACCCAAGUAUGGUUACGGCCGAGCUCCAGCGGCUGGCUGAGAAGCAGGCGGCCAGACAGUAUUCCCCAUCCACCCACAUCAGUCUCCUCACCCAGCAGGUAACAAACCUGAAUUUGGCAAGUGGCGCCAUAAGCAGAAGCAGCGCUUCAACGUCCCCCACCCUUCGGCCCGUGAUCAGUCCUAAUGGCCCGACAUGGUCCCUACAGUCAGACCUUCAAGCUCCUGAGAGCCACCCCACCCCUCCUGGAAGCAGGAGCCUUCAAACAGGUGGCUUUGCCUGGGAGGGAGAGGUAGAGAACAACGCAUAUAGCAAGGCUACAGGGGUUGUCCCUCAGCACAAGUAUCACCCCACAGCGGGCAGUUACCAACUCCAUUUUGCCCUGCAGCAACUUGAACAACAAAAACUUCAGUCCCGGCAGCUUCUGGACCAGAGUCGAGCCCGGCAUCAGGCCAUCUUUGGCAGCCAGACACUACCUAACUCCAAUUUAUGGACAAUAAAUAAUGGUGCAGCUUGCAGAAUUUCAAGUGCCACAGCUAGUGGCCAGAAGCCAGCCGCUCUGCCGCAAAAAGUGGUGCUGGCUCCAAGUUCUUCCUCCUCGCUGGUCCCCAAGCCCCCAGCCAAUCACAAACAAGUCCUCAGGAAGAUGACAUCCCAGAAGGCCUCCAAAGGGUCCACAGAAGGGCAGCUGAAUGGACUCCAGAGCAGCCUUAACUCUGCAGCCUUUGUGCCCAUCACCAGCUCCACAGGACCUUUGGAAGCUCCCCAAGUUAUUUUCGCCAGAUCCAAACCCUUGCCCACACAAUCUGGAGCCCUUGCUACAGUUAUAGGACAGAGAAAAUCAAAGUCGGUGAAGUCAGGGCCAAUUUAAGGUAACAGUAAGAAUAAGAGCAUAUUUUUUUAUUAUAACUUGCUGACUUUAUGCCACAGCAAGAGGCUUAAUAGCUAUCAAGAGAAGCGAUAGUUUCUCAAAAUGACAAGCAAAUUGACAUUUUGUAAAACCAGAGCUCAGAAGGAGUCUCCAAACUGUGGGUCAAAGUUAAGCUGCUCCUAGCUUGCUUCUGUAAUAGCCUGCCAGUAGGUGGCGCUGUGGCAGUAAGAAAUUUCCUCACUAUUCUGGAGGGUUUUGUUUAAAACCAUGGGGACAUUGAGGCCAAUCAAAGAAAGAAACUAAAGCUAUAAUUGAGUUAUCACAGGUAAAGUGUAACAGAAUACAUUGGAGAGAAUGAUAUUUGAAGUUCAAAUCGCAAUAGUCUCUAAAGAGAAUGUUCUCAGUGAUAUUUAUUAUUUUAAAGAAGGCUUUUAGACUAGAGUCGUGUAGUUUGUGAACUGGACUUUCAAAUAAUGGGAGGCAGGAAGGAAGAAAAUUAAAAAAUAGUUUUUGGGGGGUGAGGCUGAGUAAUUAUGCUGUGUGUCUGAGUUAAGAUCAGCAUAUGCUAUAACUGGCCACGAAACAAACCGUAAAUCCCAGCCUACCACCCAUCCGUAGAAAUCUGACUUUGAAGGGUCGGCCUGACUUGAUCUUGUGAGGCUGUACCCACACUUCACCAGCGCUGCCCCACAGUAUUUUGUUCCCAGCUGUGGCCUUCAAAACUUUCCAGAAAAUUCUCUGAAACCACAAGGUUUUGAUGAUUCCUUUCCUCUUUGCUCUACCCUACACACUGAAGCAUUAAUGGCACACCUGCUAUGAGCUUAAUACCCUUCUUACCUCUGGGGGAAUACUUACAAGCUUAUUUGAGAAGCAUUAUUCAUCAAAAUACCCCAGGAGAGCAAAGGAGGGAGGAAAAUUAUUUACCCACCACAGGAUUCAUUUACAUUGGAUCAGAGAGCUUCAAAUAUCUUUCCCCAGCCCAUCUAAACUCUUUCCAAAAAGGAAUGAGAAGAGAGAAGGGAACACCAAAUCCAUGGCUUGGUCAUCUACCAAAAUGUACCAGAAAAACUGAAAACAACUCGAGUUCUAUUGGUAAUACUUGGCCAAUGGGCCUUUAAUUCUGAUAUCCAAUGAUGAACAACUAAUGAAAUAUAGAAAACUAAAGCGAGAAGGUCAAUAUUUCCUUGAGGAGACUGGCAGCCAGGAGAAUGAAUGCGACAUCAAGCUCCAAACUAAACCGAUGGCCUGCCAAGAAGCACUAAUGUCCCAUCGGCUUCCAGGACUGUGAGACUUGGACCCUGCCGCCGUUGUAAUAUCACUUUCCUUGAACCUAUUUCAUUAGUAUCCCUUACAGUCCACCCAGAACAUUACAUGGCAAAGUAGGAUCAUCAGGAGAGAAGCCUUGGGAAAGAGCCCAUCUCUCAACACUUAAAUCUCUUGCAAACACAGCCCUGCUGAGCCUGAGUGGCACAUAAGCUAGGGAGGGUGAUGCUGUACUUUGUAGUUAGCUGAGGCGGUAAGACCUCAUGCCAAGCGUGCAUGGCCUCGACGCAGAGUGGGUCAGGGGGCCUCAGAAGACCAGGCUGCCAUGGUGCAGCACGACCAGCUGGGAGGCUCCGGAGGCAGGCCCACCAGCCUGGCAGGUGGUAGGUGUCAGAUGGCCAUGGGCUGCCUCUCCCUGAAUAGGAGAAAUACGUAGUUCACAAAGUGAGGAGGCAGAACCCCAGCGUCCGUGUCCCAUCACCCAGAUGCUUGUUUUCUCCUUGCUGUGAAUGCAGUAGAGGCACGAUCACUGCUCGGGCCAGAGGUCCCUUAAACCACAGUCACAGACGAAUGUUAUCACGAGCUGUAAUGAUCCUAGAGCCUCUUCAUAUAUGGGGUUCGGGAGGCAGGCAGGUUAGAUGCGAAGAUUGAAGUAUGCUUGCAUAGCAUGUUAUUUAAGACAGAAAACAUCAGUUGUCCUGAUCAAAGAAUGAAGGAGCUGCACUUAAGCAUGCUGGGGACUCGGACUUUCUAAGACCCCCACUAUGCUGCCCCAGGCAAGGGUCGUAUUUAAAUAGAUACAUUAUUUUGCAUCUUCUUAGAUUCUGUAUUGUCUGUUUGGCAUCCCUUCAUCACAGAGCCAGUUAACUAUGUUUUCUGUAUUCUCGAUGCUUUGACAUUUGGGGCCUCACUGAGCCAGAGAGAAACUGCCCCUCCCAGGGCUAGCUAAUUCCUAGAGAUCAUAACAACUUGCCCACGAGUAUGCCUUUCAAAUAGAAGCUAACCAGUCCCAAGUUUAUAUCCCCAACCGCCUCCUUAUCUAACUCUCACAUGGAACACCCACAUUUCCCUUGCCCCAGAUUGCUCCAGGGCCAGGUACAACUAGAGAGCACUGCUGGAGCCCGUAGCCCACCAGAAUCCUUAAAACGAGCCAGCCUUAAGCUGUUUACCCUGCUCUGCCUUGCCUUUCCCGGGGAAAUCCCAAGUAAGGUUAUGGCCUCGGCUUUCUCCUCACUCCUGUCUUCUGUCUCCUGACCACACUGGUGUUUUCCUCUGUGACCCCGUGUGGCACGCAGUGACCUUCUCUCUGGGACGCUGAGUAUAAUCAGCUUGCCCCUGCCAAGCCCUGUUCUCAUCUCCUCCAGAGCCACACUGACUUAACCUUACCAUACCCAACUUGUACACCCUUAGAACAAACAUCAACAGAGUGAAUGUCUUUACUGUGCAGUGCGAGGAGCCAGGGAAAAAAAUCUCCAUCAAUUAGGUUUAUACCACUAAGUUCUAAGCAACUGGUCACAGCACUCACUUCAUUAUAGGCUGUGUUGUAUAAGUGGUGUUUUAACAGUGUGUGUGGUGCUAGCCUUAAUCUAGCUGCAGCCACACAUGAAGGAUGUGGAUCCCUCUCCAUGGCAAAGUCGCCUGGCUGUCAGCCAUUGAAAUUUCAUGCUUUCCUGUCCCGAGGCCUCUUCUUUUCAUUUAGUAACUGUUUCUACAUUCAGAAACAAAACCCAAGCAUAGCAGAACAACCUGGUUGGAAGUGGGGGAGGAAACAACCUGGCUUUCAGUUUGGGGGGAUGUAGGGGAACACUUCCAAGAUCCUCUAAGGGGGUUCAUUUGCCUUAAAGAAAACCAGGGAACUCUAUUCCUGAAAUGGAUUAAGAAGUGGACCCCUAAGAAAGAUAAGAUCUGAAAAUUGAUAUUGUCUCUUGCUGAGCUGGCAAACUGCCAAGAGAGGAGUGAUGAUUCUUCAAUUGUUAACAAUUACUACUUUGUUAGAAAGAGACAAGGAAAGCGCAGCGGCCCCUUUCUCAAAUUACAUUUAUGUUACAGAAGCGCACACACCUCCUGGAAAAAAUGCUUGGCACCCUGGAUUGUGAGGCUUGUACCUACCACUGCCUCUUGCUGCAGAUUCGUAUUGUCCUGUGUAAUAUCCGUUCACUUUGGGUGGGAAAAGAUCCUGUUUAUUCUUGUAUUCCUGAACUGGGCAGGUAACCGGCAUAACAUUGCCUUACUUUGUAAGUUUUUAUACUUAUCGCUACAAGUUAUCAAUCUAUACUCUGUGGUUAUCCGUCCCAUGAACCCACACAUCUUGCUGCUAAUUUCAAUGAAAUGCUUGUUAUAGGCACAUACCUUUGCUUUACCACCCUUAUAUCCCCAGGUCAUAAUUGCUCCUAAACGUUCUAAAGAAAGAAAUGACAUGCUAAGCCAUGCCUGCCUUUGGAAAAAGCAAGCUUUGUGCAUGGAAAUAUUUACAACACUGCUCGCCUGAUCUGUAGCACGUACUGGGCCCCAAAGUGUGUGGGUGGAUACGCGUAGGACGCGGAGAAUGGUGACUUGAUGUGCAUUGCCCCGUUGGCAUGAUUGGUGCGGAUAUUUAUGCUUUAUUCUUUGAAAUUAUAAAGAGAAAGACUUGGAUUCUCUUGUCCUCCGAAUGAAGAGCAUCGCUGGUAAAAGUGGAACAAUAGCGUCUCCUACUUCUUUGUAUUCUCCUCUUUGGAACACCCAAGUAUUUCCAGACAGGACUCUAACAUAGGUAUCAGGAGCCCUCUUCCCUUAAAACCUAAAUCCCGGCUAAGCGGUUACCUGAUACCAGAGAGGUAACUGCUUGAAUGUGCGUAAUGUCCCCUUAGCUACAUCAAGAAAACAAAGCAUGGGGGGCGCCUGGGUGGCUCAGUCGGUUGGGCGUCCGACUUCGGCUCAGGUCACGAUCUCGCGGUCCGUGAGUUCGAGCCCCGCGUCGGGCUCUGGGCUGACGGCUCAGAGCCUGGAGCCUGCUUCCGAUUCUGUGUCUCCCUCUUUCUCUGCCCCUCCCCCGUUCAUGCUCUGUCUCUCUCUGUCUCAAAAAUAAAUAAAAAACGUUAAAAAAAAAAUUAAAAAAAAAAAAAAAAAGGAAAACAA